GUGAGCAGGCUGUAGUACUCCACUCCCAGCAGCGGAGCAGAGAGCAGAGAGCAGCGGGGAGAAGACAUGGAGCUCUGUGCUUAACUGAGCGGACUUUUCCUCUCAGCGCGAUGACUGCGUGUACUUCGGGACUAUUUCACUGUCAGAGGAAGGCGUCAUGAACGCGUCUCCUCUCUGAUGUUCAUGUGAAAACGGGAGAGAACGGGGUUGACGGACCGGGCGCUGCCUGCCACUUACAGCCGCCUCUCCUCGCAUCACCUGCGGAUGGUGUUUUCCUGGACUCUCCGCGGGCGGAAAAGUUACUGUGUGGGAUGUUGGAACUUCGAAUUGAAUUGUACAGCGGCUCAGAUGCUGCCUGAGCAGUUUGAUGCAGUUUGCGGAGAUUUCGUCCUGUAGACGGGAAUUCACUUGCACGCCUGUUUGGACACAUCACUGCUGCUGGACAGCCUGUCUCACAAACUGGGCUGUUUCUGAAGACUGUGACCAACAUUAUCUACCUAUGAAAUAUCGGAGUGUAUAAUGGAGUACCGCCGGACUUUGGUUCCCCUACUGGUUUUAUUUGCACUCAGAACUUUGGCAUAUGGAUCCCGACCCAGGUUAGAGGAUGCGCCUCCCCGGAUCGUAGAACACCCGUCUGAUCUGAUCGUGUCCAAGGGUGAGCCGGCUACCCUCAACUGUAAGGCCGAGGGACGGCCGACUCCAAUGGUGGAAUGGUACAAAGAUGGCGAGCGUGUCGAGACUGAUCGAGAGGACCCUCGAUCCCACCGGAUGCUGUUACCCAGCGGCUCCCUCUUCUUCCUGCGAAUUGUACACGGGAGGCGUAGCAAACCCGAUGAAGGCGUCUAUGUGUGUGUGGCGCGCAACUACCUGGGCGAGGCAGUCAGUCGCAAUGCAUCGCUGGAGGUGGCAAUUCUGAGAGAUGACUUCCGUCAAACGCCCAGUGAUGUGGUGGUAGCCGCAGGUGAGCCGGCUGUCAUGGAGUGUAUCCCCCCCAGAGGCCAUCCUGAGCCCACCAUCUCUUGGAAGAGAAACAACAUCCGGGUCAAUGACCGAGAUGAGAGGAUCACUAUCCGAGGAGGAAAGUUGAUGAUUUCCAACACCAGGAAAAGUGAUGCUGGCAUGUAUGUGUGUGUUGGAACCAACAUGGUAGGAGAGAAAGACAGUGAUCCUGCUGAACUCGUGGUGUUUGAGAGGCCAGUGUUCACCAAACAGCCGGUGAACCAGGUGGUGUUGGCAGACGACACGGUGGACUUCUUUUGCGAGGUGCACGGAGACCCAACUCCGACUGUCCGCUGGCGGAGAGAGGAGGGAGAGUUGCCCCGGGCCAGAUUUGAGAUCCGCAGUGACAACAGCCUGCGUCUGACCCAGGUGCGAGGUGAGGAUGAGGGCACUUACACCUGUGUGUCAGAGAACAGCGUGGGCAAAGCCGAGGCCUCGGGUACCCUGCAAGUGCACGUCGGCCCAUCCAUGCCCCCUCAGAUUGUGGUUCGGCCACGGGACCAGAUCACAGCUCCGGGUCGCACUGUAACAUUCCUCUGUGGCACCAAAGGAAAUCCUCCACCAGCUGUCUUUUGGCAGAAAGAAGGCAGCCAGAUCUUGCUGUUCCCCAUCCAGGAGCCGUCACAGUCAGGUCGUUUCUCUGUGGCGCUGAGUGGUGAGCUGACCAUCGCCGACGUCCAAGUCGAAGACUCCGGCUAUUACAUCUGCCAGGCCAUCAGUGUGGCUGGCAGCAUCCUUACUAAAGCCCUGCUCGAGGUGGAAAGUGCACCUUCAGACCGCGUCCCGCCCAUCAUCCGCCAGGGACCAGCCAAUCACACUUUAGCUCCUGGUUCCACCACUCAGUUACACUGCCACAUCAUGGGCAACCCCAUCCCCAGCAUCCAAUGGGAGAAAGACGGCCAGAGGAUCCUGGGAAACGAUGGUCGAAUCAGCUUGAUGGAAAACGGCACCUUCCAAAUCACCAACCUCCAGGAAACGGACUCCGGGGUUUACACCUGCCUGGCUUCCAGCUCCAGCGGAGAGACGAGUUGGAGUGCAGUGCUCACAGUCAAAGAGAGUGCAGACCCAUCAGUAGCUCAGGCCACAGAGCCCUUCCAGUUGCCAGGUCCGCCGCACAAACCCAUAGUCACAGAUGUGUCCAAGAACAGCGUCUCUCUGACCUGGCAACCCAACGCCCACGAGGGAGGAGCUGCUGUCACCUCCUACAUCAUCGAGGCCUUCAGCCAAUCAGCAGGCAGCACAUGGCAGACCGUAGCUGACAUGGUCAAGAUGGAAACACACACAAUCACCGGGCUUCUCCCCAACACCAUCUACCUGUUCAUAGUCCGAGCUGUCAACGCCUAUGGCCUGAGUGACCCGAGCCCCAUCUCUGAGCCUGUCAGAACGCAAGACGUGAGUCCUACAGGUCAGGGAGUGGACCACAGGCAGGUGCAGAGGGAGCUGGGAGAGGUGGCUGUCCAGCUGCAAGAGCCUGUCACGCUAACACCAGCUUCCAUCCGAGUAUCCUGGACUGUUGACCGUCAGUCUCAGUACGUCCAGGGCUACCGUCUCUUCUACCGACCCAGCGGGGGGAGCUGGAUCCUCCAGGACAUCAACUCCCCCUCCGAACGCAGCACCGUCCUCACCAACCUGCUCAAAGGAACUGAGUAUGAGAUAAAGAUCCGGCCCUAUUUUGAUGAAUUCCAGGGCAAGGACAGCCGAACGCUACUGGUUCGAACCCCAGAAGAAGUUCCCAGCGCCCCACCCAGAGCUGUUACAGUGGCAACAGUGAAGCUAAGCAACAGCUCCAGCAUCAGCGUCUCCUGGGAGCCUCCACCCAGCGAAAUGCAGAAUGGCAUCAUCCAGGAGUACAGGGUUUGGUGCGUGGGCAACGGCGGUGAUAACCAGACGCGCUACUACAUCAACAAGACGGUGGACGGAAACACGUUGUCCACAGUGUUGAAAGGCCUGAUGCCCGCCGUGCUCUACCAUGUGGAGGUGGCGGCGGUGACCAGCGCCGGCAUCGGCACCCGCAGUCAGCCGGUGUCUGUUCUCAUCAAGCUGCCAGCUGAACAGCCCUCCAUGCCAGGCGGCGGAGGCGGUGGUGGCACUAGCGACAGCGGCGACGAGAGCAGCGUGAGUCUGGCCGAGCAGAUCACCGAUGUGGUCAAGCAGCCGGCGUUCAUCGCGGGCAUCGGCGGAGCCUGCUGGGUCAUCCUCAUGGGCUUCAGUGUCUGGAUCUACUGCCGGCGCAAGAAGAGGAAGGAGCUGAGCCACUACACUGCCUCCUUCGCCUACACACCAGCAGUUGGUUUCCCUCAUGGAGAGGGAUCAGGACUCAACGGAAGGCCCGGCGUGCUGGGAGGCAACAUGGGCAACUACCCAUGGCUGGCAGACUCUUGGCCCACCACCAACCUGGUCCACAGCGGUAAAGAGGCCGUCAACUGCUGCACCACCAACCACGACACAGCGGAGAGAUACUACAAUGAAGCUGGUAUCUCUAACUACCUGAAUCAGACGGAGAAGUACAGCAUGGGUGGCUCCACCGAAGGUCCCAUUUACAGCACCAUCGACGCCACCAGCGAGGACCUGCACAGCUUCACCUACGCCCAGCACACCUCCACCACCCCCUACGCCUCCACCUCCAUCAUGCCUUUCACCAACCAGACGCAGGCGCCGGCCCACGGCGGCGAGCAACUGGACGAUGGCCACUGGAUCACCCAGCCGGGGACCUCCGGAGCUCAGUACGCCCAGCCGGACCGCUGCAACGGUAAGCCCAAGCAGAAGGCCAUGGGUAAGGCUGUCAAGACCCCGUCUCUGACCUGGAUGGAGGCGUUGCCCCUACCUCCCCCCGUUGGAGAGCUGGAACAGUGUGAGCAGGACGACCAGCUCCCAGAGCACGAGGACAUGGACAUAGGCUCGGAUGAGGAGUGGUGUCCUCCCCUCCCAGAGAGGACCUACCUGAUGGAAGGCUGCGAGGAGGGACCCGCUCCCCCACAGAGGAACAACGCCUCCUCUCCGGCCACCUCCUACAGUCACCAAUCCACUGCCACACUCACCCCGUCGCCUCACGAGGAGGCCCGAGCCCCCCCUGACCUCCCCCGCCUCAACCAGCUAGAUGGCCAGCAGCUGUCACGCAGACGGUUGCCCUGCGGUCCAGUGCCAGCUCUCCAGGCGACGAGCCCGCCGCUCACCCAGUCCAACCCCAACCUCUCUGGCCAACAGCAUCACGGCUCAUCGGAGGUUGGCACGCUGCAGUGCCAAAGUCCUGCCCAUCGCUGCCCCCACAGCCAGGGGCCGGCUCUGAAUGAAGACAACGUCAGCGCGACUACACCCGUGCACAGUCGCUCAUCCCCAGCAGAUACAUGCACUCCUCCCAACCAAAAAUCACGAGUGAAAAAAAAGGUGUCUAAGAGUUCAGCCUACAGGAGAGAUAUACAAGGAGACCUGCCCCCACCUCCGGAGCCACCCCCAGAGGAGGCCAGGUUGCAGGGCCCCCAGGGGUGCAUGGAGGCCUGCGGUGUGCUGAACGGCGCUCUGUCCUCCCUGGAGAGGAGCGAAUACAGCAGCAGUAGCCACCAACGGAAAGGCUCGGGACAGCGACACACUGACAAUGAGGAGAUGAUGCCGUACAGCAGUAAGGCCAGUUACCUUUCCAGGAGCCAGAUGUCCAGUAACUGCUCGACCACAGGAAGCUCCUCAUCCAGAGGCUCCACGGGCUCCCGAGGGCUCAACUCGGCCAGAAAACACGAGGAAAUGAGAUAAGGACACCAGUGACUCUGUCAGUGUACCUCCGAUGCCUCCAUCAUCCACCAUAUUUCCACUGUGGACACAAUGAGCUGGACAAGAGGAAAAGAGGUUUUGAGUUUCAGGAUACCAGACUCUGUGUCAUUGCUGUGAAAGAAAGAACGACUGACUUUACAUCAUGCUUUUGGUAUUACUAUGAUUAUUUAUGAGCUACCGAGUUCACUCCUCUCCCUUGAUUUGUAAAUACCUGUGUCUGUACUGUUCUUUUGUGGGCUCUGGAUACAGGGAAAGAGACGUAUAUUGUAUUUAUGAGGAUAAAAAAAAACAAUGUAAAAAAAAAAAAAAGUCUGUUAUUAUAAAAAAAAGCUCAUGUCUUCUUGAAUGUGCCAACUUUUUUGUCAAAAUGUAUACUUUUUGGAAAAGCAUUAACUACUGUUGCACUCUCGUUGUGAUGGCAAAACAACAGAAAAUAUGAAGCACAAAGUGUGUUUGCUGGUUGAGAGGGGCGGUCGGAAAAGCCAAAACGAGCGGGUCCUCGCUCCCGGAAGGACGCUUCCCCACCGGGAUCCCUGCACCCAUGUAGUCCGCUAAGAAUGUCAUACUUUUCUAUGUUUCCUUUAGGUUUCUCUGCAGCAACAUGUUCCAGUGUGCCAGCAGACAGACAGGCUUUAUAAAAGUUUGAUUGUAACCCCUCCCACGCCUCUCCUGUCCCCUCCGCUUGUUCGUCUGAGGGACCGUUUGCUGCAGUUGUGAGAUAAAAUUUGCAUAUACUCCUUCCAAAACAAACAAAACAGUGUCUGUGGACUGACUUUUUUGUACUCUUGUUGUUUUGUAAAUGUACAAUAAAAUACAUUUGCUGAUCUAA